AUGGUACCUACUGCGUACCGUCUAGCUGCCGAGCUGCGUCCUCUAAACUUGAAAGGCGACAAAGAGACCGACGAAGAUGAGCAAAAGGAGGCAGCAUAUCGGCGGCUUGAGUCACUAGGAUACAGAGUUGGACAAGGUCUUGCUGAGAGGGAUAGGCCACGCUUCACGGAUCCGCUCGAUGUGAUCAAGUUUCUGUGCAAAGACAUGUGGACACUCGUUUUCAGGAAGCAAAUCGACAAUCUUAAAACCAACCACCGAGGUGUUUACGUUCUUACAGACAACAGCUUCAAACCCUUCGCGCGUAUGAGCAUGGCCACAUCGUCUGAAGCUCUCGCAAAAGCCCAGCCGCAUCUAUGGUUUCCAUGUGGCAUAGUGCGAGGGAGUCUUGCAAGUAUGGGAAUUGUUGCCACUGUUCAAGCGGAGACGUCAGAACUUCCAGCCGCUACCUUUCAAAUCAAAACGAACUCUGCGAGAUCAUAA